AUGAUUACCUCCGUUAAGCGGAAAGUUCUUGAUGGACUAAACCGCCGCUAUAUUUACGCUGCUCGCCUCGCGGCCAAAUUCAACAGCCACUAUGCUGAAAGGCCAGCCUUCAGGGCUCGUUCCGAGGGGAGCAAUGAUUUCAUGAUCGAGAUCCAAGACUUCGACAAACACAAGCCCUCAGCAGUCGGGGAAGUCGGAAAUGAGAAGGGGCUCCCGCCAUUCGAUUUCGAGCGCUUGACCCGUUUCAUGUCCUAUGGUUUCUUUAUGGCCCCGUUGCAAUUCCAGUGGUUUGGCUUCUUGUCCAGGGCCUUCCCUCUCACCAAGGUGAACCCGACUCUCCCUGUGAUGAAGCGUGUCGCCUUUGAUCAGCUCAUUUUUGCACCAUUCGGGUUGUGCUGCUUCUUUACCUACAUGACCAUCGCCGAGGGUGGUGGUAAGAGAGCCUUGACACAGAAGUUUAGGGAUGUGUAUCUGCCUACUUUGAAGGCAAACUUCGUGCUGUGGCCGGCGGUUCAGAUCCUCAACUUCCGUGUCGUCCCCAUUCAAUUCCAAAUCCCCUUUGUGUCUUCGGUCGGUAUCGCUUGGACCGCCUACCUUUCGCUCACCAACUCUGCGGAAACGAUCGAUUAA